AUGUCCCAGUCAAGGCAAAGCCGGGCUCUUGUCAUCGUCAACACCGAUUUCCGCAGCAGCGACGGCGAUGCCGUGUUCGGGACCCGGAGAGGAGCCAAGAGAGAAGCGGAGAAGCUUUCCAACGUACUCUCGCGGCUCAACUACGAGGUGAAGCUGAUGCAUAACAAGACAGCCAAGGAGAUAGAAGACCUUUACCGGCAAGAGCGCUGCUGCGAGCACGGGGAGUACUUUGUGAGCAUCGUCUCCAGCCACGGAGAAGAGGGGGUCAUAUUCGGUUGCGACUCCGAGCCGGUUAAGCUGACCCGGAUUUUCCAGAUUUUAUCCUCAGAGAAGUGCCCAGCGCUCACCAAAAUACCCAAAAUCUUCUUUAUCCAGGCUUGCCGGGGGACAGAAUUCGACCACGGGGUGGUUGUGGAGUGCGACAGCGGGGAGCCCGAGCCAGAGCGUGAGCCCGACUGCUUCUCCGGCUACCUCUCCAUCCCUCCCCAAACCGUCGUGAUGUUCGCCUGCAGCCCAGGCUACGUGGCCUUCCUCAACAUCUUCGGAUCCAUGUUCCUCCAGGCCCUCCUCAAGGUCCUGGAGGGAGAGGAACGUCACCUGGCCCUCAACCGCCUCAUGACCCGCAUUAACUGGGAGGUGGCCUUUCGCUGCCAGGCCAGGGGCACCUACGAGGGAUGCAAGGAGAUGCCCUGCUUCGUCACCAACCUGCUGCAGGAGGUCUGCCCCUUCUCGGCGCCCGUCGCGGAGGCGGCAGAGGGGGUUUGA